AUAAUAAAAGGAUUAAUUAUGAAUACAUUAAAUGAAGAAGAGAUUAAAAUUGAAUAUAAUGAGAACUCGUCAUAUGAUCCUUUAGCCGAAGAUUUUGAAAACACUGUAAGAGAAAAAAAUAACAAGAUUGAGUGUGAGAAAGAUGAUUUUGCAGUUGAUUGCCAGGAAAAUAAUACGCUGUUUAAUACAUACAGUAUAGAGGAUACUGACAUAAACUGGUACAAAGAAAUUGAUGACAACGGCAGAUAUUUAUGUAAAUACUGCGAUCUAAAUUACUCCACCAUUCAAACACUUCAAUAUCAUAUAACAAGGAAGCAUUAUGACGAAGCGAAAGAUCUGAAAAAUUUAAUAUCAAAUAAUAAACGGAGGCAUAAAAUCAAGUGUCAUAGAUGUGAAAAUAAGUUUCAAAGUGUAAAAGAUUUAAAAGCUCAUUUUGAUACUUACCACAGAACAGCUUAUCUUCAUAAAUCGUGUCUGUACUGUGAUGCAACAUUUAAUACUGAAGAUGAAAUUACUGAACAUCAGCUUAAUGUUCAUGAAACAAUUAAAAAACCACUAUUUUUAUGUUCAAUAUGUGGAUAUCGCACUGCAAAGAAAUCACACUACCAUCAACAUCAAAAUACUCACUCCUCUAUAAAAGGGAUGAAAUGUAAAUACUGCGAUUACAGUACUAAUUACUCGCCCAAUUUGAAGAUACAUGAACGAAUUCACACUCAAACGAAACCGUAUAAAUGUGAUUAUGGAAACUGUACCUAUUCUUGUGCAGCCAAAUCAGCUUUACGCAGUCACAAAUUAAAACACUAUCCUGAUGAAAACAUGUUAUAUUGCGAUAAAUGUAGUUAUAAAACUGUUUAUAAGCAGACACUUAAAAAACAUCAAGAUAGUCAUAAUAGAAAUAGUAUAGGAAUAAGAAUUGUGUAAGCAAGUGAAAAUUAUUAUGGGUACGGAAUUCAGAAAAAUGUUUCUGAUUUAGAACGACUAUGACUUCUGCUGUUGCCUUCAAAAGAUCACCCAAAUAUUUACACUUGGUAAUACUUUCAUAUUUAUGUCUAAAUUAACUUGCAGUGACAAACAGUACUUUUGGUGUAUAUAAUACUAGUGGUCCGCCCCGGCUUCGCCCGUGGUACAUAUUUACAUCCUCGUACUUCAAGGAAGAUAAUAAAAAAGAAUUAUCGAAAUCGGUUCAGCCGUUCACAUGUGAUGCCAU